GCCCCUUCUUUCUCCGCGGCCCUUCGGCGCGUGAGUGACAGCGGCCCAAACGGAGGGGGCGAUGUCCGCGGCGUGACUGGGGCCGGUCCCGGGGCAGACUAAUCCCCUGCUCCUGGCCAGGGGAGGAUCCCGAGCGGAUCCUCGGGAAGGGGGCUCCGAAGGUCAAGAAAUUGCCCUGCUGGGCGUCCGGGGAGUGGGAAAGUAAAGCACUUUUUGUAUCCCGCCCCCCCCCCCGUCACGUGACCACGCGGGGCGGAAAGAAGAAAUCCGACGACGCGGCGACGCCGCCUGGAACAGAAGCCCAUGAUGCUGCCCAAACCUGGGACCUAUUACCUCCCCUGGGAGGUCAGUGCAGGCCAAGUUCCUGAUGGGAGCACACUGAGGACAUUUGGCAGGUUGUGCCUCUAUGACAUGAUGCAGUCCAGAGUAACACUGAUGGCUCAGCACGGAUCCGAUCAGCACCAGGUUCUUGUCUGUACCAAGUUGGUGGAGCCCUUCCACGCCCAGGUGGGCUCCCUGUACAUCGUCCUCGGGGAGCUCCAGCAUCAGCAGGAGGGAGGCUCCGUGGUGAAGGCGCGCGUGCUGACCUGUGUGGAGGGGAUGAACCCGACCUUGUUGGAACAAGCCAUCCGGGAGCAGAGGCUGUACAAGCAGGACCGGGGCGGCGGCCAGUAGGAAGCAGCAGCCCAGCAACACCCUCACCUGCUUCCGAGCCCAAACCCUCUGGAGCUGUGGGAGCCCUGGAGAGCACAGACGCCUCCCCAGCGACGGCCUUGUCUGGAGCCCGAAAGCAGAGGGGCGGGUGGUGAAUCCAGCCCCUUCCCCUACUUUGGGAUUGGCUCAGCAAUGAGAGCCCAGAAAGCACGCCAUAAAUCCGACAGCCCCACCCCGGGAGACUGCAGGUGGCCGAGCCUGGGGACCGGGGCCGUGCUUGGUGUGGGGCCAUGGAGGGUUCCAUAAGGUUCUGGUGAAUAAAGGCCCAGGGGGCGUGCUCU